AUGUCCUGGCAGCAGCCGACGGGGAGCAUCAACCCCAACGCGCCGUCCUACGCCCCCGAUGGCAGCGCGUACAUAGGCAACUACAACGCCCAAGGGGCCGGUGGCUACUACCCUCCGCCGCCGCCGCAGCAGCAGCAGCAGCAAAGGCCCGCUGCCCCCAACCCAGCGCCGAAGACGUCCGCAUCGGAUGCCGCAAAGCUGUCUCUGGGCGGCGGCUCCGCGCAGCCGGUCGUGGCGCCCAAGAAGGGCGGCGGAACUCUUUCGCUAGGUAAGAGGAGGCCGGUGACCACGGCGGCGACGGCAUCGGAGGAUACGGCGCCGCAGUCCUCAGCACCGGCGGUGGCGUCGCCGGUGUCCCCGUCCAUGGCCACUGAAGCGGAGCCUGAGAGUGGCGCGGGCCCAUCGGCAACGUCUGCGGCUGAGAGCCCGGCGCCGGAGAAGGAGUCGGCUGCUGUGACUCAGACCGAGCGCGCCCCGAAGCCUGCCUCUGCGGCCCCUGCCAAGGAGGCGCCGGCGACAACCGAGAAGGACCGCGCGAAGAUGACGCCGGAGGAGCGGCGCGAGUCGGUCAAGAAGGAGAUCGCACGCCAGCGCCAGCAGAGCAGGAAGGAGUACAAGCGCGACCCCCGACCCCACUUCAACAUCGUCUUCUGUGGCCACGUCGACGCCGGCAAGUCCACGAUCUCCGGCCACCUGCUGAUGGAGAAAGGCCUUGUGGACCAGCGCGAGAUGGAGAAGCUGCGCCGCGAGGCGGAGAUCAACCACCGUGAGGGCUGGGAGUACGCGUACGUCAUGGACGUCUCCGAGGAGGAGCGGUCGAAGGGAAUCACGCGCGAGACCGGCGCGGCCUACUUCGAGACGGAGAGGCGCCGUGUGACGGUGCUGGACGCGCCGGGCCACAAGGCGUUUGUGCCGUCCAUGAUCGGCGGUGCCACGCAGGCGGACGUCUGCGUCCUCGUCAUCUCCAGCCGCACCGGCGAGUUCGAGACCGGCUUCGAGAAGGGUGGCCAGACGCGAGAGCAUGCAAUGCUGGUGCGCACGUGCGGUGUAAAGCAGAUGAUCUGCGUCAUUAACAAGAUGGACGAGAUGAAGUGGAGCAAGGAGCGCUACGACGAGAUCGUCGGCAAGCUGAAGCCCUUCCUGCGGCAGAACGGCUACGACGAGGAGCGUGCGAAGAACCUCAUCUUCAUGCCUGUGGCGGGCCUGACGGGCGAGAACCUGAUCAAGCAUGUCGAGCUUAGCCACUGCGACUGGUACAAGGGCGAGACAAUGAUGGGGGUCAUCGACAGCCUGAAGCUGCCCGAGUCGAAGACGGAUGACGACGUUCUUUGUAUCCCGCUGGUGGGCGCCUACAAGGAUGACGGAAAGACACACAUCUACGGCAAGGUCGAGUCAGGCUCCAUCGCGGUGGGCGAGAAGAUCCAGGUGCUGCCGACAAAGGUGGAGGCUCUCGUGGAGGGCAUCUCGAUCGAGUCCACUGAGUUCGAGAAGUGCUACCCGGGUGACAACGUGCACCUGCACGUGCGCGGCAUCGACGAGAGCGAUAUUCAUGGCGGCUACGUCGCCACCUCCAUCCCGACCUCGCUGCGUGCCGUCGAGUUCUUCCAGGCGCGCGUGGUCAUCCUAGAGGUGAAGAACAUUAUCAGUGCUGGCUCGCGUGUCAUGCUGCACAUACACUCCGCCCAGGAGGAAGCGUCCUUCCAUAAGUUGCUGGCGAAGAUCGACCGCAAGACGAACGAGGUGGUCGAGAGGGACCCGGCGUGCGUAAAGGCGGGCGACGUAGUGAUUGCCCGCAUCGAGCUCGACCGCCCUGUCGUGCUGGAGCCGCACAAGGACUUUGACAAGCUGGGCCGAUUCAUGCUGCGUGACGAUGGUCGCACCAUCGCAAUCGGCGUUGUCACGCGCCUGUACGAGUCCACGCACGAGUCUCUCGCAAAGGCUGGGCAGUAG